AUGGAAGAUGCAAUUUUAGCAUCGCCAUUGGAUGAACAGCUAAAAGAUGCAUUGGGUACUUACUCAAAAGCCUACGGCAUUGAUCGAUUAUAUGUCGGAAUACACGCAACGUUUUCUAGUAAAAUAUGGCAUUCUAUUGAAGGAAUACCAUUAGAGAAUUUAGAGGAUCAUUUAAAUAUUAGUCAAAUGUGGAGCAGUGACUACCGAACCUGCGCAGUCAUGGAGGCUGGAUCUCUGAUAAACGUCGGAUGUCAACAGAUGUUUCCGUAUAUUUGCUACAAAAGUGACAAUGUUAUUAGGGAACUUACAGCCUGUGGAACUAAUGAUACAGCUUAUCAAUUGGACAAUAGGACUGGAAAUUGCUAUAAAUUCCACGCUGAUGCAAGGUCGUGGGUCGAAGCAUACGAAACUUGUUUUGCAGAGGAAGCAUACUUGGCGAUAAUCAAUAGUCAUACUGAGGCACGAGUCUUAACAGAUAUUUUUUCUAAUCACCCUAGUAACAUGAUCCACGCUGACCAUCCAAAUGUCAUGAAUAUUGGUAUGAUUGAUUGGGAACAUAACAGAGAAUGGUAUACAAUUCAUGGUGAACCUAUACAAGAUGCUGGUUAUGCUUCGUGGAGUAGGGGAGAACCAAAUAAUGCGGAUCUAAUUGAAUAUUGCGGCUCCAUUUACAGAAAUGGUCUUUUAAAUGAUGAAGCGUGUUUAAAAAAGAAUGUUUUUAUCUGUGAAAAAGAUGUAAGAUUUGUGCAAAAGGAAGACACUACUGAAAAACUAUAUACGAUUGUGUCUGAAUCUAGUAAAAAUCUGUAUUCGGCCGAAUCUGAACGUAGU